UUUAGCAAUUCAAUAUGGGGUUCAGGUCAGGCAACUAGGCUGACCAAUCAAGUGCAGUAAUACUACUGUCAGGAAAAUAAGUUUCUGCAAUGCUUUAAUUUGUAAUUUAACUUUUGUUUUGCUCCUCAGAUCCAGCAGCAGCUGAGUGGAACAAAUGUUAACUUCUUACAGUGGAGUAAACAUCCAGAUCAGGGUAGCAGCUCUGACUGUAAACUUUUUUGAGUUUUUGUUCAUACUUACUGUGUGCCUGUGUUAGGACUUGAUUCUGAUUGGUCUUUAUGUUGCAACAGUUUAUUUGUCGAUAGCAGAUUGUUAUGAAGAAUUUCUAGAACACAGCUCUGAUCACAGACUAACUAUAAUUUCUAUAACAGGUGGGGAGAGGUCAGGUUCAUGUGAGCUGAUCCAUCCAUAGCAAGAAAACCAGGAUAAUAGGCAAAAAUGUCAGAGUUAAGGCUUGGGAUGCUGAAGACACAAGGUUAAAGGAGAGAAAGAUUUUGUAUGAAUGCUAAGCAGAACAUAAUAUUGUAAAAAACACAAUAAUCGUCUAUUGUCCAUCUCCCUGCAUCAGGCAGCUACAGGUAGAGAGAGGAGAGCAGGGAGAGGAGUUGGAGGAGGCAGGUGUUUCUGAAAAGCCAGCCUGCAGCCUUCUGUGAUGAAAUAUAGACAGUAAAGGAGCUCAAAUCUCUUAAUGUCACCAAAAUUAGGCCAAAGCUCUUAGAGUGAAGUGAAGAAGCGAUGCGUGGUCCCUUUUAAUGGUCGUUUACACACCUUUUUAUGUUAUCCAGUUACACAGACAUACUUUGGUAAACCAAAAAAAGGUCGGCUCAACUGUUUAAUUUACAACUUAUUCAGUUUUUCAAAGACUUAUGAGUUUUAAAGAGGUUUUCAUUUGAUAAAUCCAUGUGAGGUCCUAACCUGUACGAGACACAAACUCAAGGUUUGGAGACUUGACCACCAUCACUUGUACUGACUUAGUUGCUGUUUUUAUUCAAUAAUUGCUUAUUUUGGAGUUGUACAUCUGUAAUUUUCAGUGUGUUUAAAAUAUGUUAAUGUUUCUAUGUAAAUGAAAUGCAGAAUGAGUACCCAUGUAUCCUUGACUAUACUGCAGUGUGAAAUAACAAUAAUGUAUUUUGAAUAAGAAUAAAAACCAUAUCAUUAAGCAUCUUUCACUUGUACUGAACAGAUAAAAAUAGCCCCUUCCCCUCCAGCAUUUUUUUUUGUCACAUCUCCUGGUUAUUCUAAUCGAAACAUUUUUUUUUAAAUCUAUAUAUUAAUUUAUUUUUUAAAUUCUCUAAUGUUUAAAUAAGCACAUGAAUGAAAUGACCGCGUUUGUUCCAUGUGCUGCAGUUUUGAGUGAACUUUCUAGACUUCGAUGGAACUGAGUACUUAAACGAAACAAGAGGGGGUGGGUCCGUUGUUAGUGAAGUACUGUUAACGCUGAAUUGAACAAUUUCGUUUUGACACGUGCCAAACACAUUGCUAAAAUAUUUUACUUCUUAGAAAAAAAAAGUCUUGAAUUUUGUUGUAAUCUGAUUAGAAAUAAUUGUUGCUUCCACUCUGAAACCCCCCUCUUACAGUACACAGUGGUACAGUCCAGAUGACAGCUCGCCCUGUGUUAGCCUUCAUGCCCGAGCAUCAACAGACUGAAGCAGCUCCUGAAGGCGCAGUUUCGCGGAAUAUCUUUACCUUUUUCUAGUGCUGUUAUCGUCUGAUUUUAAAGUAUCCACCUCCAACAUGUCUGCUUCGAAGAAAGGAGAUUUAUCUGCGAGUGAGAAGGAAUUGUUUGAGGUUAUAACUGCAGGUAAGCCUCUUCGGCUAACGCUAAUCCCUCCUCUGAAACUGCACUGCAGGGUUAGCUUCACGUUAGCUUUCAUAAGUUACUGUAAGUCCAAGUUUUUAGGCUUAAGAAGGUUUUUAAGAGUGUCAAACAUUUACAUCUGCGUCAUGUCAUUUAAAUGAAGCUUUUUUCACUUUUAUGUAUGUAAACUUUCAGCCUUAUGCUGCAUAUUCUAUAGAAACCUACCUGUGAAUGUUUGAACAUAUCUGCAACUGAAAUUUACACUCCUAUUUUAGAUAUUUUAAGGUUAUUUUUACUCAAACAGCAUAAAAGCUAUCUCCUAGUUUCAACCACAACAGGUAGAGCAAAUCUAAUAUUAGACCUGUACUACAUAAAGUAUGAAUGCAAAUGUGCAAUAGCUUUUUACAAUAUUGAUAUCAAUAAGGAGUGCUGCAAAGAAACAGAUUUUAAAGAGUGCAUAUUAGACAUACAAAUAAACAUUACAUCCAAAAAUCUGUUUUUUUCUUCACUAAAUUAUCUCCAGUUGUCCAAAUGGUGUAAAAUCAAAGUGUUUGUAGAAGACAUUGAUUUUACACAUUGAAUAACUUUCUAAUAUUUUGCUGUAAAUGUGUUUUUGUAAGUUCUCAUCUGGCGCUACCCUUCAAUAGUUAGUUUAUUCUGCAGCUCUAGAGAUUCGAGACCCAAAAUCAAAACAUCCUCCACACUUAAUACUUUUAAAUCACGUCUUAAAACUCAAUCAGUCAAAUUUUAUUUAUAUAGCACCAAUUCACAACAGUCGUCAUCCCAGGACACUUUCCAAAGAAAAAGAGCACGUCUAGACCACACUCAUUGUUUGAUGAACUAUCAAGACCCAACCUAAGAUGGGAUUUGGCCCAUCUCAUCGAACAUGAGUGACAGUGGCGAGGAAAAACUUCCUUUAAACAGGCAGAAACCUUGAGCAGGACCAGACUCAUUUUUAUUCCUUGGCUGUUCGUUCAGCAUGAGAGUUGUGUGAUCUCUGUGCUUCUGUUUCUUUUUAUGGUCCUUUUAUCACUUUAAUGCUUUUGUAUUUUUAUUUCAUUUCUCAUAUUUCCUUGUGAAUGUUUGUUUUUUUUAACCUGCCUUUAUUUUUUUCCUGAUGUUUUCUGUCGUGUUUGUUCUUUUAAGUUUUACUGUGCAGCGCUUCAGCAAACUUGAAUGUUUUUUAAAGUGUGCUAUAUGAAUAAAGCGGAUUGGAUUAGAUAGAGUGUGUUUAUACAGAGAUGAAAUCACAGAAGAUGAUUUAAUGACAAAAGGUGUCAUAUUUGGACUCUGACGUUGUUUAUUAUUAUUCAACUUAGGAAAUGUCCAAGAGGCGUCAAGGCUGCUGGGAUGUAAGGAUGUUCGUGUCAACUGUUUGGAUCAGGUAAGUUUAUUUCGGUCUUCCUUUCAUAGUGGAUUUGCCUCUUUAUUGGUUUAUUAAAGGACAAACUGAAACACCAAUAUUUUCAAACAGAUUUUGGCUAAUUUUAUCAGCAUUUUAUACAUGUGUAAAAUAAUUCAUUUGCUCCUCUACUUUGUAAAAUUGUAUUUGUUUUCUACUUUCACUAAGCAGGUCUUAACUCUCACAUUCAUAUUAUCUUAGCAUUAAAAGAUGACAAGUCCACAUGAUGCCGCAAAGCUCCAUUAAAACAUUCAGGUCUUACUCUGGUUUUAUUUUAUUUAAUGAACAGAAAGUGAUAUUUAAAUCAAGGACCCAUAAUAUGUCUCUUGGAGGAAAAAUGUUGUAUGUUUUUUAGGCAAAGCUCUUCAGUGACAUAUGUGUUGGACAAGUGGACUAACGAGUCACUCUGAAGGGCUUUGAAGAAGGUCCCUUAUGUCCUUUGUUUGUGUGUCACCCUUCAGUGUCCGCCUGUCAAAAUCAGGUGUUUAAAAUAGAUGUUAAAUAACGGAAGCUGUGUCAGCUUUUCGCUCAUGUAAAAGUUAAAAAUCCUCUGUUGUUUCACCUUUUUCUUCUCUCUUCCACAGUAUGGGAUGACCCCUCUUAUGCACGCCGCUUACAAAGGAAAAGCAGACAUGUGUAAGCUGCUGCUGCAACAUGGAGCCGAUGUGAACUGCAACGAGCACGAGUUCGGAUACACAGCACUGAUGUUCGCCGGGCUGUCAGGUGUGCUGAUAACCCAACAGGGACAUGUUUGUGUACAUCAUGAAAUACUUUGAAUUAAAUCUUCGCUCUCCUCUUUUGUGCUCUUUUUAGGUAAAACUGACAUCACGUGGAUGAUGCUGGAUGCGGGGGCAGAAACGGAUGUGGUCAACUCUGUUGGCAGGACAGCAGCACAGAUGGCCGCCUUUGUUGGUACGUCUGGAUGUGACUUCCAGUGCUCUUGAGUCUGAUAUCAUCAUACACAAAGACAAGGAAUCGCACAUCCUUCCUCCUCUGAACACACUCAGAAAAAACUGUCUGACCCUUUAGUGGAAAUCACUGCAUGGUCUGAAAAAUCAUCUCCUGUGAAGACAGUUUGUAGCUGCAUCCUCAAAACUAAAGGUCAAAGGAAUAUGAUGAUACACAUCGGUACAAGCUUGUUUAAGAUGAGUGAAGUGGAAAACUGUCCUGUCCUGAAUAUGACUUCUCUUUGGAAGUCAUGAAAUCUGCAUUUCCCGGUCUUUAGAGGAGAAUUUGAUCAGUUUAAGCCAGCAUGCAUUAAAGUUAAAGUGCCCUCCACAUCUAGAAAGGCACCAUUAAUGCUACAAAAAUAUACACAGGUUUGCAGCAGCAUUGAGAAGAUUUCACAUACAGUAUAUCAGCAAGACAAACUACCUUUUUCACACUCCACAACACCACGACUUCAUAAGUCCAGGCACAAAACUGGCCUUCCUUCAGUCCUGACUUGUCACUCUUUGAAAACAUUUGAAGCAUCAUGAAACAGAAAACAUGACAAAGGAGACCAAGUGAAAUCCGUUAUCAGGCAAGAAGAGGACAUGGCUCACUUUCAAAACUCCAGAAACUGGUCUCUGUAGUUCCCAAAUGUCGAUGCAUCACAACCGUAAACGUACCCCUCUCUAAACUUUUCUGAAAUUCUUCUCAACUUACAAUGACUACUACCAAAUAUGGGCCUUUUUCACAGAGUACCGUUUGUUUCCCAGGAUAAAGAUUGAAGUAUUGCUCUGAAUUGAGUCACUCUGAAUAAACAUAAUAAACUCUGUCCUCCUUCUCCUCCUCAGGGCAGCACGACUGCGUCACCGUCAUCAACAACUUCUUCUCUCGGGCGAGAUUGGAUUACUACACCAAGCCUCAGGGUCUGGAAAAGGAACCGAAGCUGCCGCUUAAACUCGCCGGACCGCUCCAUAAGGUUAUCAUGAGCACCAACUUGAACCCGGUCAAGGUGAGACACAGAUUGGCGAUCUGUGGUUAGUUUGAUGACAGUUUUUGAAACUGUAUUUGAAAUGUGUGAUCAGUCUCCUCACAAUCUUGUGACUUUCCCUCCAUACUUCUGGGUAACGCUGACAUCAGAGGGAUUUUUUAUAUGAGAGGCUCUUUGUUCAAACGCAGCAGAGGCAAAAUACUCUGAUUAUAUUCCUUCAUGAAGCGAGGGGGCGAGUGUUUAGAGGGAUAAUCAGCUACUGUGGUGACGUACAGUAAUACUACAUUAGUGCUAUAAAUACACCAGUUCAGACUGAUAUGUACCAUUUGUUGUUAUCUUAAUCCUCGGGCUAAAAGGGGCGGAGCCACAGAAGAGCUUGACGCGUGUCUGUUGUGUCUCACAGAUGGUGAUGCUGGUGAAGGAGAACCCUCUGCUGGCGGAGCCCGAGGCUCUGGAAAAAUGCCGCCGAGUGAUGGAGCUCAUCUGUGAAAAGUGCAUCAAGCAGCAGGACAUGAACGAAGUGCUGGCCAUAAAGAUGCAUUACAUCAGCUGCGUGCUGGGGAAGUGCGCCUCCUUUCUCAAAGACCGCGAGGACAAGCUGGACGGCCUCAUCAAGAGGUGAGGACAUAUGCGAGGAUAUUUGAUUUAUGCAGAGGACCAGAUUUUGGCAAAGUAAGACUGUCAGAUAGCACACAUCUAUCAGUGGUUAUCCAAAACUGUCUCAGGGUAAAAUGAAGUCUAUGAAGAGACUUUACAGCCAAUCAGCAGCACAAAUAAAGAUUUAAAUUCAUCAUCCUCUCCUGUAGUUUGCUGAAGGGUCGGGAGACGGACGGCUUCCCCGUUUACCAAGAGAAGUUCAUCAGAGAGUGCAUCCGCAAGUUCCCGUACUGUGACGCCACUCUGCUGCAGCAGCUGGUGCGGAGUAUCGCUCCUGUGGAGAUUGUGAGUCCGGAUCAAACUUCAUAAACUUUUUUUUUAAAGAUCUUUUGACUUUUUUUUUCUUUGAACAGGACAAUAAACCCUUUCAGAUGAUUUCUUUUAACAUUAAUGUGAAACUUUUAGUUUAUCUGAAUCAGAAGGACAAAGAAAGGGAAGUCUGGAGUUAAAUAAAUAGUUUUCUUGUCUUCCUAAUAUGUCUCCAAACUUUUAGAUGUAAAACUUUGUUUUUCUCUUUCUGUCGCGGCAGGGGAACGACCCGACAGCUCUGUCAGUGCUGACUCAGGCCAUCACCGGUCAGGUCGGCUUCAUGGACGCAGAGUUUUGUACGUCCUGUGGAGAGAAGGGAGCCGAGAAGAGAUGCUCCAUCUGUAAAAUGGUGAAUUUCAAAGCAAGAAAAAAAUGUCAUGUGGACAUAAUUUCCAGCUAUUUAAAGUGUUUUAUUUGUUUUUCUGACUUCAAAUUCUUAAAAGUAAACCUUAGAAACAAAAAAGGAUCGCCCAGAUCGUUAAAAUCUAAAAACUAUACCAUUUUGAGACAUGUUUUGAGACAUAUCCCUCUCUUUGUCUUGGUUUUAUUCAGUUGAAGGUCCCAUAUUCAUAAAAAUUGAUCAGCCAUGUGCUUUUAUUUAUAAAAGGAAUCAAAUUUGAACAUUUUACUGGCAAUGCAACAAUCAAAAAGUCGAAAACUGCGGAUUAAAAGCUGUCUUAUUCUUAUUUGUCUCUCACCUCUUUGUCCGUUGGUCACAGCUUUUCUUCAGGAACAUGCUAAAAUAAUAACUUUAUGUGUUUACCUCUCACUAGGUGAUCUACUGUGGCCAAGCGUGCCAAAAGAUGCACUGGUUCACCCACAAGAAAGUUUGCAAGACGCUCCAGGAGCAGAGGGAGAAGCAGGAGGCAGAAUCAGCCAAACUAAGGAUGCAACGGAGCACAGGUACCAAGAGAGACACAACCAGGAACCAGCAAAGUCACCCAGUGAUGGUUGAAGCCAUCCUCAGAGCACAAGCUUUUUUAAGAUACUGGAAUUAUUUCUGCAAACCUUUUUUUAGAGUUGCAAUUUCAUUCAAAAAUAUCCUCAACAUCAGAUUUCCUUGUUCUCUGUAUAAAAGCGUGGUUAGAUCUUGCUCUCCUGUCUGUGUUUCAGAGGAGAGUAAAGCAGUACAGGAGGUCUCAGAGUCCAUGGUGGAGCUUUCAAUGGAGUCCAACAGCGAGGUGAGCCCCUCAGACUCUGCAGCAGAAACCCCGAACCCGACUCCAAUCCCAGCUGCUGACAACUGAGGAUCGUCGUAACCGCCUACUCCCAAAAAAAUCAUCCAUACAGCACAGAGACAGAGAGAGAGAUAAACUGGCAGAGAGACUGAACGCCAGAGAAGGACUGGUCCAACAGGGGGGACGAGAACUUUAAUUUAUUACUGACCUGAGACUGUCACACAGGCAGGGAGACGCGAAAGGUUUGUGCCACAGUGAUCAUCGUUUUCUCUUUUUUGUAUCAUGGUUUUCAGAUGUUUUCUUACGUGAAUGUAAAAAUAGGACGGUGUGUUUGAGGUAGAGGUCACAGGGGUAUUGUGGGUAAUAUGUGAAGUGCUAAUGGUUCACAAGAUAGACUGUAUAGAAAGAUGGACGACAUGAUACCUCUGUGAAAGGGAAGUCAGACCAUUUGAAACCCAUCAAUAAUGGUACGAAAAUAAAGCUACACUUCCGCAUCAAAUCCUCACAUUGCUGAUUUUCCCUCCACUACAACAGACUCAUAUAUUUGGGAUUUCAGGUUUAGGUUUAGGGUCUCUCUCUUAAUGGUCUCACCCACUGCCUCUAUAGGGGUGCUUUGGCUUCACUUUUGUACAACAUGGCCGUGCAGGCGUGUCGUCCAUCUUUAUAUACAGUCAUUGGUUCACAUCGAUGAUGGAACAUAACUCUGCCUUAAGAAAUGUAGCAACCUGUGCCGGAGGAGAGUGACAGUGUAGCCAAUCAGAGGUGUCGUUUGUUUGCGUUAAUACCUGAGUUCAUGCUGAGAUGUUCGUUUGGUUCUGAGAGCCUGACUGCAGAUUGUGAGUGGACAACCAGGCUGCACAACUUUGACCAAAACUGUAUAUUUUUGAAAAUAUAUAUACGACAUAAACGGAAUAUAUUUUAGUGUUUUGUGAAAGAUGAUAAUCAUACUCAGGAUUAUUUGUCAAUCAAACGUCGUUGUAGUUGGAAAAAACAUCCCAGCAUUAAAGGGACUGAUUGGUUUGAAAAGUAGCUGUGGUCUGUUUUAGUUUUCGUUCAUUUAUUGUGCAGCCGUAAUUUAAAGUCAAACACCAAACAGGUCCAACAAGGAUUUUUAUUUUAUUUUUGUCUUAAACACUGCUGAUUUAAAUUCUAUCAAACAACAUAAACUGUAAAACAUCAAAUAAAGACCAACUUCAUUCAUGUGGUGAUUCAA